AUGGGUGCUAUAAGAAAAAACUGCACCAAUGAGGACAAUAGAAGAGAUUGGGUCACUCUCUCUAUUUCACUUUGUUGUGCUCUUACUGGUUUUGCAUAUAUUGGUGCUGGUAUAUGGGAUCUAAUCAUAAAAAAUGGUGCAAUUGAUCAUUCGAGCAGCUUGGUUUACUUUGUUAGAGGAGUAAUUUGGAUCACUUUGACUGUUUCCUUUCUUGUACAAAAACCCAAAUGGACUAAACUUUUGGUUUCUGUCUGGUGGGUGAUGUUCUUUCUGUUGAUUUCGGCUCUUAACAUAAAGAUCUUAGUAGAAUCACACAACAUUCAAAUCUUGGAGGCGUUGUCAUGGCUUGUAAACUUCUUGCUUCUGUUUUGUGCUUUGAGAAAUUUCAGUUACGUGGUUCCUGAAAAUGGCCAGCACAAGAGUUUAUCGGAACCUCUACUAGUGGAGAAGCCCGAAAAAGGCCAUGCCAAGCUUGACAAGGCCAGUUUUCUUAGCAAAUUGUCAUUUUCUUGGGUUAAUCCUUUACUUUCCUCAGGUUACUCAAAACCAUUAGAUCUUGAAGAUAUACCUAGUCUAGUCUCCGAAGAUGAAGCAAUUGUAGCCUAUGAGAAAUUUGCUUAUGCAUGGGAUUUACUUCAAAAGGAGAAAAGCUUAACCAAUACUAGGAAUUUUGUUCUUUGGGCUAUAGCAAAAGUUCAUCUAAAGAAAAUGGUGUUUGUAGGGACUUGUGCAUUAAUCAGGGCAAUCACAGUUGUUCUUUCGCCUUUGCUACUCUAUGCCUUUGUAAAUUAUUCAAACAACGAUAAAGAAGAUAUAAAUCAAGGGCUAAUCUUAGUGGGAUGCCUAGUUGUAGUCAAGAUUGCUGAAUCUUUGUCGCAGAGACAUUUCUAUUUCAGUUCAAGAAGGACGGGGAUGAGGAUGAGAUCGGCUCUAAUGGUGGCAGUUUAUCAAAAGCAGCUCAAGAUUGCUAGUUCGGGAAGGCAAAGGCAUUCAACUGGGGAGGUUGUGAAUUACAUUGCUGUCGAUGCUUAUCGAAUGGGGGAAUUUCCUAUGUGGUUCCAUGUGGGAUGGAGUUGUGUCCUGCAACUUUUUCUAGCCAUAGCAGUUCUUUACGGGAUCAUUGGCCUUGGUGUUCUUCCUGGUUUAGUCCCUCUUCUCAUAUGUGGGUUUCUUAAUGUGCCAUUUGCAAAAUUGCUACAAAAGUGUCAGUCUGAAAUGAUGAUCGCCCAAGACAAGCGACUCAGGGCCAUGUCGGAGAUCCUAAACAAUAUGAAAAUCAUCAAGUUGCAGUCAUGGGAAGAUAACUUCAAGAAAUUGAUUGAAUCCUACCGCGAAAUUGAGUUCAAGUGGUUGGCUGAAUCCCAGUAUAAGAAGAUAUACAAUACCGCUUUGUAUUGGAUGGCUCCAACGAUUGUUUCAUCUGUCAUCUUUAUUGGAUGUGCUGUGUUAAAUAGUGCCCCAUUAAAUGCUGGCACUAUUUUCACGAUCUUGGCAGCUCUCCGGGCAAUGGCUGAACCUGUCAGGAUGAUACCGGAGGCUCUUUCUAAUGCAAUCCAGGUCAAGGUUUCUUUUGACAGGCUGAAUUCUUUUCUGCUUGAAGAUGAACUCAAAAAGGAGGAAAUAGAGAGAACUUCAUUAGGGCAUUCAGAAAACUGUAUCCGAAUACAAUCUGGCAGUUUCAGUUGGGAUCCAGAAUCAGCUAUUCCAACACUUAGAAAUGUGAAUUUGGAAGUACAAUGGGGGCACAAAAUUGCAGUCUGUGGGCCUGUUGGUGCUGGGAAAUCAUCGCUUUUAUAUGCCAUACUUAGGGAAAUACCUCUAAUUUCAGGAACUGUGGAUGUAGCUGGAUCAAUUGCUUAUGUUUCUCAAGCUUCUUGGAUUCAAAGUGGGACAAUUCGUGAUAAUAUACUCUAUGGAAAGCCAAUGGACAAAAUCAAGUACGAGAAGGCCAUAAAAGUUUGUGCUCUGGAGAAGGACAUUGAUGGUUUUGACCAUGGUGAUCUCACAGAGAUAGGUCAGAGAGGGCUCAAUAUGAGUGGAGGGCAGAAGCAGAGGAUUCAACUUGCUCGAGCUGUCUACAACGAUGCUGAUAUCUAUCUUCUCGAUGACCCUUUUAGUGCAGUGGAUGCUCAUACAGCAGCAACUCUUUUUAAUGAUUGCGUCUUGGCUGCUCUGGAGAAGAAGACUGUCAUUCUUGUGACUCAUCAAAUGCAGUUUCUCUCUGAGGUUGAUAAUAUUCUGGUUAUGAAAGAUGGACAGGUUAUUCAAUCGGGAAGCUAUAAGGAACUUUUGCUGGCAGGGACUGCUUUUGAGCAGCUUGUGAAUGCUCAUGCAAAUGCAAUAACAAGAUUGGAUCCUUCAACUAAUGAAAACCAACAUGAGCCUCACAAGGGUUCUAUGGAACUCCUAGAAGUAACUGACAGAUCUUACCUCGCUAAAGAAAGCUGUGAAGGGGAGAUUUCCAAGAAGGGUGGUGUGCCUGGAGUACAGUUGACAGAAGAAGAAAAGAAGGAGAUUGGUGAUGUUGGGUGGAAGCCUUUCAUGGAUUACAUAUUCUUCUCAAAGGGAUCACUUUUUCUCUGUCUAAACAUAAUAACUCAGUCUUGUUUUGUUGCUCUUCAGGCAGCUGCAAGUUACUGGCUAGCAUUUGCCAUUCAAAUUCCUGAAAUCAGCAGUGUUAUCUUAAUUGGUGUUUACACUCUACUUUCAACACUGAGUGCUUUCUUUGUAUUUGUGAGAUCCUUAUUUAUUGCCCUUCUGGGAUUAAGAGCUUCUAAAGCCUUCUUUUCCGGUUAUACCAACUCGAUCUUCAAUGCUCCCAUGCUCUUCUUUGACUCUACCCCCAUUGGGCGGAUUUUGACCAGAGCUUCAUCAGAUUUGAGUGUACUGGAUUUUGACAUCCCGUUCUCCAUUUCUUUUGUACUGGCUGCUGCAACCGAAUUGCUAGCAACUAUUGGAGUUAUGGCCUCGGUGACAUGGCAAGUACUCAUUGUAGGCAUCUUCGCUACAGUGGCUUCAAAAUAUGUCCAGGGAUAUUAUCAAGCCUCUGCAAGGGAACUCAUGAGAAUCAACGGGACCACAAAAGCUCCUGUCAUGAAUUACGCAGCAGAGACAUCUCUUGGAGUGGCCACUAUAAGAGCGUUUAAUAUGGAGGACAGGUUCUUUCAAAACUACCUAAAGCUCGUCGACACAGAUGCAAAAGUUUUUUUCUUCUCUAAUGCAGCAUUGGAGUGGUUGGUUUUGAGAACUGAAGCACUUCAAAAUCUGACCCUAUUCACUGCCUCUUUUCUACUAGUUUUACUUCCCAAGGGCUAUGUAGCUCCAGGGCUUGUGGGACUUUCUCUUUCUUAUGCCCUGGCACUGACAGGCGCCCAAGUGUUCUUAACCCGAUGGUACAGUAGCUUGUCUAAUUAUAUAAUUUCAGUGGAACGGAUCAAACAAUUCAUGCACAUAACACCGGAGCCUCCAGCAAUUGUGGAAGAAAAUAGGCCACCAUCUUCAUGGCCUUCCAUGGGUAGUAUAGAGUUGCAGGACCUAAAGGUGAUAACUUUGAUGGCCUUAUCAUUUAGAUGGAUAAGCCUUGAGCAAAUUAAUGAAAGAAUGGCCUUUGAUGAGUACCAUAGUUCUCUCUCUGGGGGAAUAUACUAUUAUGUCCACUGGCUGAAAUAUGCUGCUCAUGUUGAACUGAUAAGAUACCGUCCAAAUGCUCCCCUAGUUCUCAAAGGGAUCACUUGCACUUUCAGAGAAGGGACUAGAGUAGGCAUCGUUGGAAGGACUGGAAGUGGCAAAACUACACUAAUCAGUGCAUUGUUUCGUUUGGUAGAGCCUGAUAUUGGAAAAAUACUAAUAGAUGGGCUUGACAUUUGCUCCAUAGGUCUUAAGGAUUUAAGGCUGAAACUCAGCAUCAUCCCUCAAGAGCCAACUCUUUUCAGGGGUAGUGUUCGGACAAAUUUGGACCCUUUAGGCCUUUAUUCAGAUGAUGAAAUAUGGAAGGUCCUAGAGAAGUGCCAACUAAAGGGUACCAUCAGCAAACUUCCCAACUUGCUAGAUUCUUCUGUUAGCGAUGAAGGUGAGAACUGGAGUAUGGGACAACGCCAGCUUUUCUGCCUUGGAAGAGUCCUUCUGAGGAGAAACAGGAUCCUAGUUCUUGAUGAAGCAACUGCUUCUAUUGAUUCCGCCACAGAUGCAAUUCUACAGAAAAUUAUUAGGGAAGAAUUCUCAAAUUGCACGGUGAUUACUGUGGCUCACAGGGUUCCAACUGUUAUUGAUAGUGACAUGGUCAUGGUCCUCUCUUUUGGGAAUUUAGUAGAGUAUGAUGAGCCGUCAAAGCUCAUGGAAACAAAUUCCUAUUUUUCUAAGCUUGUAGCCGAAUACUGGUCCAGCAGCAGGAGGAACUCCGUUCAGAGAUACAAUGAAUAUCACUAUUGA